CUCCACAACAGCAGCCACUGACCGGCCUCAGGCUCUGCUGCCACAGCCCCUUGGCCAGCACAGCUCUGCUCCCCAGCUCGCAGCAUGGAAGCUUGUCACUCUUCCCAGCAAUCCAAUGUCACUUCAUAUGGGGUCACAACUGUGGCCAUCAUCUCCCUGGAGGUGUUUGCUGGCAUGUGGAUAAAUGCUUUCAUCAUUUGUGUGCUUUGCAUUACCUGGGUCAAAAAGAAAACCCUGAACUCUAAUGAGAAGAUCUUGCUGCUGCUGGGAUGCUCCAGGUUUUGCUAUUUGUGUUUCUCAUGGAUAUAUGACUUUGUCUCAAAUAUUUUCCCCUAUUGCCUUCUGGUUCAUCCCAUACUUCAACUCCUUCAAGGUUCUUACAGCUUUUUUAAUAGUUCCAACUUGUGGGUUUCUGCCUUUCUUUGUGGUUUUUAUUGUAUAAAAAUUGCCAAUUUCAGGAACAUGUUCUUUGUCUGCCUGAAGGUAAAAAUUGACAGGAUGGUGCCCUGGGUUCUGUUGGGGUCAGUGAUCUUCUCCCUGAUUAUUGGAAUUCUUGUCUACAACACAAUUGAUAAAGCUAUCUGUAAAACCUUCAAUUUUACCUGCCAAGAAAAACUUUGGAGAGCAACUAAUGGAAUAGAGGAACAUUUUUUCCCUAUUUAUUUUCUCACUGGCUUUUUACAUACUACUGCUUUCAUGGCAGUCAUCUUUUCUGCUCUUUUCCUUCUCUUUUCUCUCUGGAGACACAAGUGCAUGAUGCAGAAAAACUCCAUGAAGGACCUCAGCAUGGAUGCCCACAUCAGAGCCAUGAAAUCUGUUCUCUCCUUCUUAGUGAUGUACAGCAUCAACUUUAUGUUUUUGAUCUUGACUCUAAUUUAUUCACUUAAGAACCAAAAUCAUGUGAUAUUUCUUAGUUGCUUAAUUCAACGUGCUUUUCCAGGUGUUCAUUCCCUUAUUCUGAUUUUCAGCAAUCCCAAGAUGGAAAAGACACUGCUUAGAAUUCUCUCCUGUGUGAAGUGCAAGCCUUGCAUAAGGUAGAAACUGAAAAAAAGCUGGAGCUCAUGCAAAAUAUCUUUAGAGAAAACAAG